CACGCCCUCUCUCCUUAUAAUCCUAGCUCUAUCUUUCUCUGAUCUCUGGCUUUCUCUAUUGUUGGGUCGAAGAGGAAUGGCUUUCCCUGCUAAAUUCAGGGUCAUUAUAAGUACUGUUCUGGUCCUAAUCCUUGUUCCUCUAGCUUCUAGUCUUGAUAAUACUGAUCACUAUUGUCCUCCUUCUUCCUGUGGCAAUAUCCCCAACAUCAGCUAUCCGUUUCGACUAAAAGGCGAUUCACCAAACUGUGGAGACCAAGGGUAUGAGCUCUCAUGUGAUGAUAACAACCACACGUUGUUAUUUUUAAAUGGUAGUAAAUACUACGUAAGCCAAAUCAAUUACAACAACUACACAUUUCGAAUUGUAGACUCAGGUAUUCAGGAGGAUAAUUACUCCUUCAUCCCUCGUUAUUUUCUAAACAAUCAAAAUUUCAGUAUGUUGAGAUUGUCGGGCUGGGAUCAAUAUCUGGAAUAUGGGAGUAUUGACAGUUUAAGAUUGCGAACAGUAUCAAAAGUUGUGGCUAUUGUGAACUGUGAAAAGCCAGUGACUUGGGCUUCCUCUUUGAUCCAUUGGGACACGACUUCUACGAAGUGUUCUAAUAUUAAUAAUGGAUCUGUGCCUUCUUCCAACUCCUCUUUUUCUCAAUAUUCCAAACGGUACUUAUAUCUUAUUGUUGGCUAUGGAGCGAAUGUGAUGGAUGUGGAGGAGUCAUGCACGAUAGAGCAAAUCUCUCUGACAUCGUGGCCAAGACAAUUUUCUGCUGAUCCUAAUAUUUCUUGUACUGACAUCCGCAAUGUAUUCUCAUAUGGUUUUGAGCUUUUAUGGUAUGGGAUUUAUUGUGGAAGCUGCGGCAUAUACGAUGAAUGCUACCUCGAUGAUCAUAAUCAAUUUUCUUGCGACCGAUGGGAUCAAAAUUAUAUACCUAUUUUCUUGCUAGAAUAUCAGGUCUAUACUGCAGUUUCUUAUAAUAGAUUGUUCUGGCUCAUCGCUUAUUGUUUUGGAGUCUCAGGGGAAGUCGCUUAUUAUACUGGAUUAUUCAAGCCCAUCAGUAAGAAUUAUUUAUAUCUCUCUGAUCUAUUUGUCUUCUUUCAUCUUUUAACCCAUCAUUAUAUAUGA